ACAAAUAAUACUUCUUUGUACAUACGCGUGACAUAAGCGGUUUUCGCUUGGAUAUGUGACCUCCUCUACCACGGUGCUCUUGGUGCUGGCCGGCUCGAGUUUGAAUCACUGCAGUGCCCAUUCCAGUGUGUGUGUGUAGUUUAGUGUGGUUUAUACCACAAAGGACAUUAAAUGCGCGAUUAUGUAUGAAAUUAACGAGUCAAAUAAAAUGUGAUACGUGAACACACAGAUGUGAAGAAAAAUAAACAUCUCAAUAAACUAUAUAGCCCACGUCAACUGAUGUUUACUAUAUUGAAGACUAUUUUAUAGACAAAUAUGCCUUCGCGAUCACUGAAUGUCUUUUAUGAUGUCGAACUGUGAAAAGUAAGAUGUCACCAUUCCGGAGAAAAAAGUCAGGGAAAUCCUUCCCUGUGAAAGUCUGCACUUUGGAUGCAGAACUUGAAUUCAAUCUAGAAUGGAGAUCAACAGGCAGGGAUUUAUUCGAUUUGGUAUGUCGUACGAUAGGCUUAAGAGAAACAUGGUAUUUUGGAUUACAAUAUGAGGAUGCAAAAGGUUUUAUCUCUUGGCUAAAAUUGGACAAAAAAGUUCAAGAUCAAGGCAUUUCACAACAGCCGACAACACCUUUCAUGUUCCUAGCAAAAUUUUAUCCCGAGGAUGUAGCUGAAGAACUUGUACAAGAAGUCACUCAACAUCUCUUCUUCUUACAAGUAAAGCAAGCUAUAUUGUCCAUGGACAUUUAUUGCCCACCUGAGGCUUCUGUGUUAUUAGCCUCGUAUGCUGUCCAAGCAAAGUAUGGUGACUAUGACGAAAUGUCAUAUCGUCCUGGAAUGCUUGCCAGCGAAGACUUGCUUCCACAGAGGGUAAUAGACCAGUAUCAAAUGACUCCAGAAAUGUGGGAAGAUAGAAUAAAAAUUUGGUAUGCCGAUCAUCGUGGCAUGUCCAGAGAUGAAGCAGAAAUGGAAUACCUUAAGAUCGCUCAAGAUCUCGAUAUGUAUGGCGUAAAUUAUUUUCCUAUUAGCAAUAAAAAGGAAACUGAUCUUUGGCUCGGAGUAACAGCAUUAGGAUUGAAUAUUUAUGAAAAAGAGAACAAACUAGCACCGAAGACUACAUUUACAUGGUCGGAAAUUCGUCACAUUAGCUUUGACGACAAGAAGUUCGUAAUCAAGCCUGUGGAGAAAACAUCACCAAAUUUCGUGUUCUUCUCGCAGAAAGUUCGCAUGAAUAAACUGGUAAAGAAACAGUCAGGUGUUGGCAGCUGGGUGAAAGGCUUGAUAACUUUAGGGUUAGACGAACAUAAAGUUGACAAAGCUGCUCACGUAUUAUUUGUUAAGAUCCUGGACCUGUGUAUUGGCAAUCACGAUCUAUUUAUGAGGAGACGCAAACCGGAUUCAAUGGAAGUUCAACAAAUGAAAGCACAAGCCAAGGAAGAGAAAUCCAGGAGGCAAAUUGAAAGAAACAAAUUAGCACGAGAAAAACAAUUAAGAGAAGCGGCGGAGAGAGAUAAAGCUGCAAUGGAACAGCGACUUUUGCAAUACCAGGAGGAAAUACGACUUGCGAAUGAAGCUCUUAGAAGAUCUGAAGAGACAGCAGAUCUUUUAGCUGAGAAAAGUCGUGUAGCUGAAGAAGAAGCAAUGCUUCUAAGUCAGAAAGCGUCAGAAGCCGAACAGGAGAUUACGCGUAUACGACUGAACAAUAUGAAGACUGAAGAAGAGAAGGUUCAUUUGGAACGAAAAACUAGAGAAGCUGAAUUAUUAACAGAAAGACUGGUCCAAGAGUCAGAACGUAGGGCUGCCGAAGCGGAAAAGUUGAAGGACGAACUGUUGCGCGCAAGAAUCGCCGAAAAAGAAGCUAAAGAAAAGCUACUAGAGUUCCUCAGUAGAAAUGCUUACACAGCUACCAUAACUCCUGUGCCAAAUCUGUUUCCCUCGACACAAGUGCUUCCAUCAGAUCUGCAAGCGGAUCUCCAGACUCUGCAACUAGACGCGGAGCCUUUACCAUCUGACUUAACAUCGUACGAUCUUAUCGCUGACGGAGAUGUCGACCAGCUUUCGUUAGAGAUUGAAAGGGAAAGGGUAGAUUAUUGGGAGAAAAGUAAACAUUUACAGGAACAAUUGCGAGAAUUACGUUCUGAAAUUGAAGUUCUGAAAGUCGGCGAGAAGCAAUGCGAACUGGAUCAGUUGCACGAAGAACAAGUCCGACUCGGUGAGAACAAAUACAGCACACUGAAAAAAGUGAAAUCCGGAACUACUAAAGCUAGAGUUCUCUUCUUCGAAGAGUUAUAAUUCUUAAGAAGACAAAACUCCAUAUUGCUAAUGAAAUUCGAUUGAAUUUAAAAAGUGACAAACUCACACGGACACACUGGUGUACGAAAUAUUUUUACCAUAAUAGAAAGUAUGUAUGAUAAUAAUAAUGGACAUGCAAAAAUCUGCAGGUCAGGCGUGUCCAUAUAUGUCAACGAACGUGUGUCCUAAAAGCCUUAAAAAUAGUUAUAUUUUUAUAAAAAUACAAUUUAUUUGCACAUUGUUAUAAAUUUGUUUCUAGAAAUCAAUUAAGCCAUUCAUGACACUAAACGUUCUCAAUAGCUACAUAUUCAACCUAUAAAAGCAAUAUAAAUUGAAUAUAUUAAUUAUUAACUAUCUAUAGCUUAUAAUCAUUUUUUAUACAGAUCGUACAUCUAAUGUAUAGUGUUCUAUAUUAUCCAUAUAAUGAAUGUAGUACAUGCAAGAAGGAUUUUUGCUUUUGCGUAUGCAUAUGGAAUCCUUUUUUAUCUCACUGCAUCCUUAGAUUGAAUCUGCAGUGUUAUCUGUGAUUCAUGUGUAUAUUAUUAUAACAUUCUAUUGUAACAACUUAAGCAUUGGCACAACACAUUUCCGACAUAUAUAUGGAUAUCGAUGAAAACUUUGAUUUAAACUCUUCAAUUAUCUGACUUAAUUAUCUAAAUAUGUUAUGUGAUUCUUUUUAAAAAUGUCUGUGACACAAGCCAAAUUAAAUUCGAACAUUCUAUUUCAUUUGAAAGCAUUGGAUUGUAAUCAAAAGCUACAUUAAUCAAUAUAGUGAAUAUUGCGGGAAAAUCCGUACCUGUAAAUAUAAUAGUUGUAGACUAACUUGCUCAGCUUAUUAGUUAUUAAUCGGUCUCGAAAUUUGCGAUAUCUGUUUCUUGUUUAAUUGCAAGUUAGAUAGAAAAAAAAAUGAUAAUAUUAAUUACCACGUUUUACAAUGCUCAAUGUUCUAUAUAUAAUUAAUGAUUGAUACAAACUAUUAAUGCUUAACCAUUUUUCUGAUAUAAUUACAUACACAAUAUAAUUACACAAUUCUCAAAUUGAAUAUUUUACGAAAGUGCUAAUAAACUAUUUGCGAGGCAACUUAAAAAUUUUAUCUUAUUCAACAAUAUUUGCAUGAUUCAGACAACUUGACGGUUGGAAAUUUAUUGAAGCACAAUAAAAGAAAUAAGAAAAUCCCAUCGCAAAAAGUAACAAAUGAUCGAAAUAGUUUUGAUUUGGAUAUAAUUUUCGUCGGAUGUGAAAUUUCGUUCAAUAUCAAAUUGAACAUUAUCAGUGUAGCUUUCUCUCUUUAAAUCCUACAACUUUGAUGUAAAGCAUUUUUGAAAAAAAUGCGUUACUUCCAUUAUUUAAUGUAAAAAUGUUAUAAAGUAAUAAAUUAAUCGGCAAAGAGUGAAUACUGUGAAAUAUAGAACACAGAAAAUUAUUUUCUAAUUUGAAUUUAUAAUUUUUUAUUGUCGUAAUCGGAGAAUUUUAUAGUUACAUUCGUGUAUGUAUAAGUUUUAAUCAUAAAGUGACCUUAUAUAUUAAUUAUCGAUAUCAGAAAUAAUAGUGUAUUCAAUAAAUGAAUAUUUCCGUUGUAUUUUUCAAGACUAUGUUCAUAAAUGUAUAAAAGUUAAAAUUAAAAAGAGAAGAAAUUGACAUUUGAUUACAUGCAAGAACAAAAUUAUUUGGCGUUAUUAGAAUCUGUUUUUGUAUCUUUAUUCUAUUCAAUAUGAUUAAUCAAUAUCUAUUACGUAUUACGUAUUUUUAAGAAAAAAAUGUGCCUUAUUAUAUUGUACAAUUUAUUUUAGAUAAUUUUAUUUCCUGAAAUAGCGUAAUUUGUAUAUAGCUACUAGUUAUUCUAAGCGCUUGAAGCACUAAAAGCCCGAUGUUCAAAGAAUUAUGCAUUAACACAUUUAAAUUACUUUGGAAUGUUAUUUGUUGUUAUUUCCUGAUUCAGCGUUUUACUGUGUCAUUAUUAUAUUGUGACUCUGUCAUGGUAUGACUUUGAAAAUUUAAGCAACUAUUUUUUAAUUCUAAAUGUAAGUUUGUAAAAAUUAUGUUAUAGAUAUAUACUAAUGAUUAUAAGUACCUUGCCAUUUAAU